AUGAACGAUACAUCCGCCAAAACACCGUCGCCUGCCAUGUCUCCGGCGCCACAACGUCGGCACGUCGUGUUUCCGGAUCCAGUAGCUUUCAGAUACCUCGAAGAAGAUCCUGCCGUCUCCGUUGUCGAACGCCGAGGAGUUCUCCGCGGCUAUGAGCUCUACCUCGUGGAGCAAUGGGCCUGUUCUCGCCAGUCGCCAACCCUAGUGAUUGUUACAUACACUGGAGAUCCCAAGCAUUCGGUCGUGGUGGGUGUGCUGGCCGUCCCCGCCGAUGACAAGGACUGGUCGCCGCGAUUACGGGUCUAUUUCAAGGCCAUUCAACAAUACCAUGCUCGGCCAAAGGAGACACCGUUGGGGGAGCUUAUGGUCACAAACCUCAGUAGCUUCCCUUCAGCUCUGACUGUCAUAUCUGUGCCGGAUGGAGACAUCAAGAAACAUCGCCAGGCUUUCAUAGUCAACGAGAACCUAAAACGCCUAGGCUGCUCUGGACGGUCAGGAAUGUCUUUGUCAGACCCCACCCCAGCUACCCAAGCAAAGUUCCUGUCCAUGUACAGGACAAGCGAGCGGGUGCCAUUCUUUCAAGCUGUCAUAGAGCUCGUCAAGCUUUGCCAGGUUGCACUUUUCAUCUUUGGCAUGCUUGACCAGGAAUACAUUGACGGUUUGCUUUGCGAUGUCACAGAAACGUCGAUAGGAAACUGGUGGACGGAGAUUGGUUCAGAAUACUAUAACAUCGAACCCACUGACGGCAUUCUCGGACCAACAACUGUGGCAGCCAUGCUGGGUAUGCUUAUGGGAGCAAGGAACCGGCUAAGCUCGUACGGAGCGGCCGUUGCAAAAGAUGUGUUUGAUGUGGACAGCACCAAGCGUGCCAUCAGUCAGUUCCAGAAAUCUCAGAAGCUCGAAAGGACGAGGCGGCUUGACCGGCAAACUCUCCUUAGACUACAUACUGUCACCGCAAAGGCAGCAGCUGGCGAGGGUUGGGGUGUGCAAAAGGCGGUCAAGUCUACAGUGGCUGAGUUUGGCAAGAGAGGCGAGAUUCUGAGCGGUAUGGUCGGUGCCCGGGACAAGGCUGGCAUUGGAGAGAUCGAGACCUUGGAGUUUGACAGGUUUAGAGAGCUGGCUUACGGCGAACGAGCCAAGUGGCUGUGGCAUGGCAAGCCGAAGAAGUCUCUAGUGGACCACCACGAUCGAUCAAUGACGGACAUGAGCAACAUAUUGUUCGGAAAAGAAGACUCGCCGAAUCAACUGACGGCUGUAAGGACGCAAUCUCUGCCGCUUGAAGAAGAACUGGAAGUUAGGAAGAAAGAAGAGUCUACGACGAUAUACUCCGCCCCACCGCCACUCUCUGCUACCACGUUUACGGAGAGUCCUGGAGAAAAGGACGCCCUUAGGAAGACAGUCUUCAAGAGCGUUGCGGGACGGGUGAGCGAUGCGCGAUCAGGCUUCGGCCGGAUCCGAGAUGCUGUCGGCGGUGGACUCAGAGGACAUUCGAAUCGUCUCUCAAAGGAUGAGACAGCAGAGACCGGCUAUAUGAGCCCAAGCAUAAGUAGCCUUGUGCAGAGCACAGGUGGCCUCUCAAGUCCUGUCAUGGGCCCCGGCCGAGCAUUUACAUGGAAGAACAAACCGGAAGAAUACGCGAACGCUUUCAGGAAAGAGAAGGAGCAGUCAUCUAUUCCGGUCGUAAAUGAGGCAACACAAACUUCCCAGACACCCGCCACUGCGCUCCUUAGUGGGGUGGACGAUGCUGAAAAGCUUCCAACAAAAGCGAAUGAGAUACGCAGGGACAUCAUAGCGGGCACAUCAGUCGCUGGAUCUGUAGCGGACGAAUGCGAUCUACAAGGACCAAUUCUGGCGGCAGAGCGCAGCGGAGACACAUCCUUAUGCUUCUUACAAAGGAGGCAUAGCAUUGAGGCGUUCCGACGAUGCAACGAGAUGCGACCUAAUGACGAGCGAUGGCCUCGUCGCAUGUCUUUUGGUGUUGCUGAAGAUGCCGUCCUCAGAUGGGACGACAUCAUAGAUAUCUCGACUGAUUAUGAGCUGGGACAUCCAGAUGUGUCUUUAGAAGAGCAAGAGAGCGCCGCCGAGGUAGCGCGGAACCUAUUUAUGCAGAUCAUGGAUCUCAGACGGGGAGUUGAGCCAUGGGUCAUGCAGAGGGUCAACGGGAUCGAGGCGCUCGACGAUGCCUACAUGCGGCAGCAGGAAGAUCUGCAAGCUCUCUACUAUCAGCUGAGUGAUGCCUACCAGAGCGUGAAGCAGAGCUCGCAGGAGAUGAUUGCGGAGGAGCGCGCACACGUCACUGAGGCUAUUAAGGACGUUGAGGUGCACGUGGCCAAGCUGGAGUAUGAGAUCAACGCCCUCGUAUCCAAAGUUCAGGACGUUGAGGAUGGCGUGGCACAGUUUGAAACGCAGGUGGAGGACGUUGAGAAGAGGGCGGACGAGUUGAAGAUCACCCUCGAGACGGAGAGCUGGCUGCAUUGGUUUGUCAGGACAUUAACGGGCAUUGGGACAGGGCCAAAUAUCACCAGGCCACGGUGA